UUGAUUUAUUUUCUUGUGUUUUUCGCUUCGGCUAUGGAGGCACUAUUCAAGGGUUCUUAUCUCUUACCUAAACCUCCAAAAACCACUAUGAUGUUGUUAAGAAACCCUGGUACAUUCAAUUUCAAUCAUUUCCCAAAUGGGUCCCUUUUUUCUUCUUCAUCUUCAUUUUCAGGGCAAUUUUCUGUUCAGAAUAAGCCCAGAAAAUCAUUUUCAUUUAUUAUGAAUGCCCGGAAGAAAGAAGAUAAUCACAGCUUUGUUCCCAAACCAGAUGAAAUCACUGGGUUCUUCCCUGAAUCUGUUCUUCUUAAAAAGAAAGCAAUUGAGGAAGAUGGUAAGCUUCUUCCAGAGUUUGAAGAUGCUGAUGAAAGAGAACAAUAUGAAUCACUUAAGCUUCACCUGGAAAGUGACAUGGACGUUGAAUUAUUGCGCCACUAUGAGAUUGUUUACUUAAUUCAUGAAAAGCACGAAGAAGAGGUUUCAGCUGUCAAUCAGAAAGUUCAAGACUUUUUGCUUGAGAAGAAAGGCAGAGUAUGGAGAUUCAGUGAUUGGGGUAUGAGAAGGCUGGCUUACAAAAUAAAGAAAGCAAAUAAUGCGCACUACAUUUUGAUGAACUUCGAGUUGGAUGCCAAAUACAUCAACGAGUUCAAGACUUUGUUGGACAAAGAUGAAAGAGUUAUUCGACAUCUUUUAAUAAAGAGGGACGAGGCAAUCACCGAAGAUUGCCCUCCUCCUCUGGAGUUCAAUACUUUUUAUGCUAAUGUAGAUGAUGAAGAAGACGAUGAAGAAUUUGAUGAUGAAUGGGAUGAUGAAGACGAAGGCGAGGAAGAUGGCUAUGAUGAUGAUGAUUUUGAGGGUAAUGAAGGAGUUUUCAUUGUAGAGGAUGAUGAACUAGAUGAAUUGGAAAUGUUAGAGAGCUAGAAAUUAUAACAAUGAGGACUCAUAAUGUAGGUAGGUGUAGGUGUUUUCUUUUACCUUGAAUUUUUUGUUCCUUUGUUUUCAUAGGAAUACAAAGCAGUUCAAAAAGUUAUGGUUUUAUAUAUGUGAAGAUUAAAAAUUAAAUUUCAAACAACCCUUACUCUUCAUUAA